AUGUGGCACCACUUGCCACCGGCCUGCCACCGCCGUUCCUCAGCUUGCACAUAUUCCGAUACUUCGUGCCCAGCAUCCUUCCGUGAGCUCUUUUUCUCCCGGGCUAUCGGCCACUUCCCGCCAAGCGAGCUACGGCCAAAAUACACUUUACCUGUCACAUUGCUGCGCGCGCGCGCGCAAGAGAACAGGGCAGAACCCGGCAUGCCAAGGCGGAGCUCGCGCUGCCAGGGCUGUCCGGAUGGGAGAGCAUGGCCCACAGUUCUGCCAUCAGGACGCGGCUAUGGCGCCAGCAUGGCUGCAGCUGCUGAUUCGUCCGUGCUGCAGGCCAGCGAGGCACUGUCGGUGGGGUCCCAGGCCGACCAUCGGCUCGAUUUGGCGCCGGGCCCAGCAGGAGGGAACAAAAAAGGGAAAAAAACACAAGAGGGACGCGAGAGGCAACAGUGA